CAGAACUUAUGGACAUUAGACAAUCCCGAUCACCCACAAUCUUUGCAACAAUCAUCUCUGAAACACGUACAAAUUGAACAGCUAGCCUCCAAAUCCUCCCUCCAUGGCCAACGCAGCCAACCAACACACCUGCGAUGGCCCUCAACCGUCAGCACCAACGCACUUCCUUAUUGUAGCCUACGGCAUCCAAAGCCACAUCAACCCUGCACAAAACCUUGCCCACCGUCUCGCUAGCAUUGACGCCUCCUCAGUCAUGUGCACUCUCUCCAUCCACGCUUCUGCUCACCGCCGCAUGUUCUCGUCGCUGAUCGCCUCCCCUGACGAGGAGACCACCGACGGUAUUAUCUCCUAUGUUCCUUUCUCUGACGGCUUUGACGACAUAUCCAAACUGAGCAUACUUUCUGGCGACGAGAGGGCACGUAGCCGCUGCACAAGCUUUGAAAGCCUCUCAGCAAUUGUCUCUCAGCUCGCCGCUCGUGGUCGGCCCGUCACAUGCAUCGUGUGCACCAUGGCGAUGCCUCCGGUGCUCGAUGUCGCACGAAAGAAUGGCAUCCCGCUAGUCGUGUUCUGGAACCAGCCGGCCACCGUGCUUGCAGCUUACUAUCACUACUACCACGGCUACAGAGAGCUCUUUGCAUCACAUGCCUCUGACCCAUCGUAUGAAGUGGUCUUACCUGGAAUGCAACCUCUUUGCAUCCGUAGCUUACCAUCCUUCCUUGUUGAUGUGACAAACGACAAGCUGUCCAGUUUUGUUGUUGAAGGCUUUCAAGAGUUGUUUGAGUUCAUGGAUAGAGAGAAGCCAAAGGUUCUUGUGAACACAUUGAAUGUUUUGGAGGCUGCCACGCUCACAGCCGUGCAGCCGUACUUCCAAGAGGUGUUUACCAUUGGCCACUUAGUGGCUGGGUCAGCCAAAGAAAGAAUCCACAUGUUCCAGCGGGAUAAGAAGAACUACAUGGAGUGGCUUGAUACACAUUCAGAGAGGUCUGUUGUUUACAUAUCAUUUGGGAGCAUACUCACAUAUAGCAAGCGACAGGUAGACGAGAUAUUACACGGCAUGCAGGAGUGUGAGUGGCCAUUUUUGUGGGUGGUGCGUAAGGAUGGGCGUGAAGAAGAUUUGAGCUAUUUGGUGGAUAACAUUGAUGACCAUCACAAUGGGAUGGUGAUCGAAUGGUGUGACCAACUAGAUGUGUUGUCCCAUCCCUCCGUGGGAUGCUUUGUCACACAAUGCGGGUGGAACUCGACUUUAGAAGCCUUGGAACUUGGUGUGCCCAUGGUUGCUGUGCCGAAUUGGUCAGACCAGCCCACAAUUGCAUAUCUUGUGGAGAAGGAAUGGAUGGUUGGCACUAGAGUGUAUCGCAAUGACGAAGGAGUAAUAGUGGGGACAGAGUUGGCAAAGAGUGUCAAGAUUGUCAUGGGAGACAAUGAGGUAGCAACAAAGAUAAGAGAGAGAGUAAAUUCUUUCAAACAUAAGAUCCAUGAGGAGGCAAUAAGAGGUGAAACAGGUCAGAGGAGUCUCCAAAUAUUUGCCAAGACAAUAAUAGAAUCAGAUUAAGGAAGUGAAACUAAUUUCGAAACCAAUGGAAAUUAAUGCUGUGAAAAUAUCAAAUUAAGUUGUCUUUUGCUCUUAAUGAAUUUGUAGAAAGUUAGAAUAUAUUAAUCUUAAUGAAUUGUCAACAUGUCUAUAUAGAAGUAAUACAUAGUCUUUCUUUUUCCAAUAAAUUAAAUACAGUAGGACAAUAGCUUUGUCUCUUUUGUUUUUUCACAUGACUAUACGAGUACCUAUGAUUAUUGGUUGCUUGGGCAGUUAGUGUGCCUAUGAUUUCUAUGCCGAAUUGGUAAAAAAAAAACACCGUCCAAUUGUUACUCAUUAUCAUUUGUCGUCGGUCCUAGAGGCGUCACUUGAAGGUCUACUUCCUAUCAAACUUUUUCUUCAAAGGGAUUGUCCUCUUGCAGCAGGGAUAGCAAGGUAGAGCAGAUCCACUAUUAUCUCUUAGACAUCUCCCCCUCCAAUCCAAAGACGUGGAUGGAGUUGAGUGCAUAUGAGACAUGGUGUUUGUAUUGUAGAUGUAUGACGUGGCCUUUUCUUUUCUAAUUAUAGCCUAGCAGGUUAUAUAGUGCUACAAUGUAAUUUGUAUUCUUGCCAUAUCAAUAUGAAUAUAAUCUUCGCGGUGUCUUUCA